UCUCCGCCUGCCGCCAGGCGCAGCUUUUCCACGCUCGAGCUUCUUCCGCCAGUUCUUCCGCCAGCAACUAAGAUGGCGAGGCCGGAGAGCGGAACCGGAAGUGAGCUCACUCCUCCCCGGGGUGAAAGAAAUGGGCAAGUUUAUGAAACCCGGGAAGGUGGUCCUGGUGCUAGCCGGACGCUACUCAGGACGCAAAGCGGUCAUCGUCAAGAACAUUGAUGAUGGCACCUCAGACCGCCCCUACAGCCAUGCCCUGGUGGCUGGAAUUGACCGCUAUCCACGCAAAGUAACAUCCGCCAUGGGCAAGAAGAAAAUCGCCAAAAGGUCAAAGAUCAAGUCUUUCGUGAAAGUAUAUAACUAUAAUCAUCUUAUGCCCACAAGGUACUCCGUGGACAUCCCCUUGGACAAAACCAUCGUCAAUAAGGAUGUCUUCAGAGACCCGGCUCUUAAGCGCAAGGCCCGCAGAGAGGCCAAGGUCAAGUUUGAGGAGAGAUACAAGACCGGCAAGAACAAGUGGUUCUUCCAGAAGCUGCGGUUUUAAAUCUGUUUUGUUUCCAUCAUUAAAAACCAAACAAAUUAAGAUU